CUCGGCGGGCGAUCUGAACGCACACUCUGCGCUUGCGCCUUCCAAACCGCAAACAUCCGCGCCUUUCUUUUCGGCGCUCCUAUACACACUGGUUCUCCCCUCGCCCUGAAAACCCCACCCCACGAAUACACAACAUGUCAGUCCUCCAACGCUGCAAGGUGUCGGGCGUGGCUCGCCCGGCGCCCACUCGUCGCGGUGCGGUAAUCAUCGCAUCCGCAACGCAGCUGCAGCGCUCGGGUGCUGCGUUUGCCGCCAGCGUCCUUCUACUUGGGUCGUUUGCCCCGGCACCGGCCUCGGCCGUGGGCAUUGAGAGCGUGGACAUUCUGCCCGAGUCGUUCACCAAGCCGGAGUCGCUUAGCGGCUACGCGGACGCGCAGAAGGCGAAGCUGGCGCAGGCGGACGAGGCGUUUGAGAAGAGCGACACGCUCAAGGCGCUACUGGCCCGCAGCGAGGAGAACCGGGCCAAGAACCGCAAGGAGAUCCAGAACAAGUACUGCUACCGGCAGGCGGAGCUGGGUGUGGGCGACUGCGGCGGCCUGCGCUACCUGCCUGGCAUGACGGACAGCGGCAAGCAGAAGACGCCGCAGUGGCUGGCAGACCUUCUGGGUGUGGAGGUACCGGAGGCCGACCCCGCCGGCGGCAAGUCGCUGUCCGAGCUCAUCAGCGGCGGCGGAAAGUAGGCGGCGGCGGCGGCGGCGGCGGCCGGUGGGCGGCGGCGCAGCAUGGACGUUAGGGACUAGGUCUGGACAUGCCGUGAAAGAACGACAUGCUUGCAGGUUGAAGGGCUUUGGGAUGUGGUGUUUGAGGGGAUGGAAUGGAAGGGAUGAUGGUGUUGUGCGUAAUAGUGCUGCUGUGCUGGUUGAGGCUGAGUGCAGCCAGGCUGCCCGUUGGGAGACGUUAAAGAGUGGCAGGGGUGGGGAUGCCGCGCAGGGUUGCAACUUGCAAGCCUGACGCGAAGGAGGUGAUCGUUUGUGAACCUGCCUAGGCCUGGUGCUUGCCUAGGUUGGAUGCAAGCAGUCUGCUUGGAGGCGACGUUGCGUUGUGCCCAACACAGCGACAUGAGGUCACGCGCCCGAGCAAGAGCGCAAGACAAUUGGCGAUGGUGCGUCCAGUGGCGGUCAGCCGGUCAGUGAAUUGUUUGCCAGCGGCUGGCGUUCCAGCUGGAUUCUGAAUUUCUGAUAGACCGGGAAACCCUUGUGAUAGACCGGGAAACCCUUGUAACCCUGCUGGCCA